AGGUUAGUUUCACCGCGCUCUCUGUUGUUCUGUCGUGAUGCUGUUAGAAAAGUUUCUUUAAAUAGAGAAAUAACGUUUUUGAAUCAGGUCAAUAAAUACCUGUAAUAUUCUGGUCCUCACAGUCGAGACUAAGUUUUGAAGCAAGCAGGAAUAUCUGGAGGAGUAUCAUCUGACCUGAGAUCUGCUGCUGUGAAGAUGGAGUUUGUUAAAGAAGAGAGUGGAGAGAACACGAGUGAACCAGAAACCCGGAGAAUAAAAUACGAGGAGCCAGAAACCUGCAGAAUAAAUCACGAGGAGCCAGAAACCAGGAGAAUAAAACAGGAGGAACCAGAAACCCGAAGAAUAAAACACGAGGAAACCGAAACCUGGAGAAUAAAAGACGAGGAACCAGAAACCCGGAGAAUAAAACACGAGGAACCAGAAACCUGGAGAAUAAAACACGAGGAAGGAGGUCUGAUGAAAAUUAAAGAAGAAAGACAAGAUACAAAAGAGGUGGAAGAGAUGUAUCCGGAUCAGAAAGAUCAUGAUGUCAAUGGAGAAAAAUCAUUGAGUCGCAGCACCAAAAAAACAGAAGUCAAGAGGCCUUUCAGCUGCUCUCAGUGUGAAAAGUGUUUCACACGUAAGGGAUACCUUAAGAAUCACAUGUUAAUUCAUGCUGGAAUAAAGCCUUUCACCUGUCCACAGUGUGGAAAGAGUUUCAUAAGUAAAGGAAUCCUGAGGGAUCACAUGUUAAUCCAUACUGGGAUAAAGUCUUUCAGCUGCUCUCAGUGUGGAAAGAGUUUUAUACAGGAAAGUCAACUUGAAAAUCAUUUGGUAACUCACACUUCAGAAAAACCUUUCUCCUGCUCUCAGUGUGGAAAGAGUUUUAAAAAUAAAUCAAACAUUAAGAGGCACAUGUUAAUUCAUACUGGGAUAAAGUCGUUCAGCUGCCCUCAGUGUAGAAAGACAUUUACACAGAAAUCAAGCCUUAAGGGUCACAUGUUAAUUCAUGCUGGGAUAAAGUCUUUCUCCUGCUCUCAGUGCGGAAAGAGUUUUACACAUAAAUCAUACCUUAGGAGGCACAUGUUAAUCCAUACUGGGAUCAAGUCUUUCAGCUGCUCUCAGUGUGGAAAGAGUUUCAAACAGAAAAGUCAUAUUAAAAAACAUUUGGUAACUCACACUUCAGAAAAACCUUUCUCCUGCUCUCAGUGUGGAAAGAGUUUUAAAAAUACUUCAAUCCUUAAGAGGCACAUGUUAAUUCAUGCUGGAAUCAAGUCAUUCAGCUGCUCUCAGUGUGGAAAGGGUUUUACACAGAAAGAACACCUUAAGAAUCAUUUGGUAACUCACACUUCAGAAAAACCUUUCAGCUGCUCUCAGUGUGGAAACACUUUCACGUUUAAAUCAACCCUUAAGAGGCACAUGUUAAUUCAUACUGGGAUAAAGCCUUUCUCCUGCUCUCAGUGUGGAAAGAGUUUUACAUAUAAAUCAAGUCUAAAGGAUCACAUGUUAAUUCAUACUGGGAUUAAGCCUUUCAGCUGCUCUCAGUGUGGAAAGUGUUUUACACUUAAACCAAACCUUAAAAAGCACAUGUUAAUUCAUACUCUGGUGAAUUCUUUCAGCUGAUCUCAUUGUGGAAAGAGUUUUACACACAAAGGACAACUUAAGAUUCAUUUGGUAACUCACUCUUCAUAAAAGCCUUUCUCCUGCUUUCAGUGUGGAAAGACUUUUACCCAGAUGAAAACCUUAUGGCUUGUUUCCACUGAGCUGUAUGGUACAGUCUAGGGCUGCACGAUAUUGGGAAAAAAUGACAUUGCAAUUUUUCUGUAAUGUAUGUAAUGUUCUGUAAUGUUUCUGUUUUCUGUAUUUUAUUUUUCUGCAAUAUUUUUUUCUUACAAACAAAAACGGGGUGAGCACACUUACAUUCUCAUUUUAAAUUAUUUAAAUAUCGACACCAUCAUGUCAAUUGAUUAAUUAUGCGCAAGGGUGAGAGAGCAAGACAGCGCUCGUUGUUUGAAGACGGCUCGCUCUCUCUCUGUCUCUCUCGUCUCACUUGCAUGUGUUUUUCAGUCCUGUCAACGAUAAACUUUAACUCUAUGAUGGUUAAGCUGUUUAAUUAAUCCGCAAAUCACAUUCGUCAAGGGCCGGGGAGCAGCUGGCCCAUACAGUUAAUGAAUAACUGAUAAACUACAACAGCCUACAUCGCACAUCCUGCGAUGUGACUAUCGUGGAUUCGUACAUCGCGAUAUCGAUGCUUAAACAACACAUCGUGCAGCCCUAGUACAGUCCAUUACAAUUUGGUACAGGGAACCCUGAUCAGACUUGUGUUUCCACUGCCAGUAUUACCUUUACUUGGUAGAUGUGGUUUAUGCCUGAAAGUAACGAAUAACAAUGAGCCACAACAAUAAGCACAACUCUGCCUCUUUUUGUUGAACGAAUGGAACAUUUUUUGUUAAAUGUCAGUUUUAAUGACCAAUAAUAACCCUUAUAAAAGGAUGAGUACAACAUGUAAGAGGCUUAUAAAAAUUUUCUAAUUAAGUAAAUAAAGUGUAAGACCUCGGUGAACAAGCAACAGCACAAGAACAAACUGCACAAGUGGCUACUUCUGCCAAUUGAAUUAAAAGAGCCUAUUUUCUCCCAUCUGCUAUCUGAACACCAUUAAUGGUUAAAUAAAGGGGAACAAUUGUCUGGACCGGAAACGAAUGGCAAAAAACCUAUGUCAGCAUUAGGAGAAGUGAUAACGUGAUUCCACAACAGAGGACGUCUGUUCCAAAAUACCCGUGCUCAUCAGAAAACUUGUCAUGAGCUAAUCACGUGACGUCGUCAUCCUAAGACGGUUUCCUGUCAGCUGUGCUGCCAGCUCCUAAAAAGGAGGUGAUUUAAUUAACUCUGAUCACAAGUUUCAACCCUGCAGGAAUCAUCAAUAAUCAAUGGACCACAACAAAGGGAACAUACAGUGUGUCCCAUGACUUGUGAUUUGCUUGUGAAUUUUUCUAAAAACUGAACAUUUCAAUAAAUAAUCUCAAAAAGGACAACCAUUUGAGGAAUCUGAAGGGGUUACUGUAUUCACAAAUAAUGUUUUAUGUUUUAUAUUUGUUUGAUGUGUUCAAAAUGUAAUCAGUGCAACUUUAACCAAUGUUUUAUUGGUUUUAGCAGAUAGUGCUGUUAAAUGUAAGAUAUGGAAAGUUUAGUGUUGAACGAAAGCUCACAUUAUUUGCUGAAACUUGGAGUGAAUGAAAUGUCCAAACUCUGUAUUGUGUGCAUAUUAUGACACUUUAUAAUGUAUGAUCCAAAGAUCCACAAUGGCGAUGUCGCAUUAUGUUUAAUCAGUGUACAAAGAGAAACAGUACGGGGUGUGUUUAAUGCUGCGUACACACCUAAAGAUUUUUUUACAUCUUAAAUUCAAAAUGUUGAAGACCACAAACAUGAAGAUUAUUAUUUUUUUGCUCCUAUAGUGUGUGGUGUGCCAUGAUGUGACAAAGACAGCUCACCACACACAAACAGAAAAAUAUAAAAUUAUAAAUACACUGUAA